AAGGAGUGGUGUGGAAUACUGCGGACAGUGACAACAUUUUCUGUGCUUGGGCGUGUAUGUUGAAUACCAUCAUGGCUUGUCAAGACCAUUACGCCAAUAUCGCCGCAGAUUAUGACAAGAUGUUAACUUUCAGGGAUCAGUUUGCGGACGAACUCGUGGAAGUCCUCACCAAGUAUGGCCGCCUCUCCAAUGACCAAGACUUCGUUGAUGUUGCCUGCGGAACCGGCUGGAUACAGCGCAUCCUCUUUGAAAGGGGCUACCAUUUCAAAACAUCUACUUCUGUGGACCCAAGCCCGCACAUGCUUCAAGUGGUCAAACAGAGAGUCCCCAAUGCAGAGUGCAUCAACCUGGACGGACUGGAGUUUUCCCGCCUUAAGAAAACCUAUGAUGCGUUGAUCAUCAAUCAAAGUUUUCACCAUUUACCAUUAGAAACGCUUGAGGAGACAUGGCGAAACAUCCGGUCGCAGCUGCGCAGAGGAGGAAAAGUCAUAAUAACAUUUGGAGACGGAGGAUUUUUUAGCCAAGACGUUGCGAAACGCCUUAAAAGUACUGGUGAAUAUUCAAGCUUUGAUUAUUCAGCGUCUGUACGCAUUUGUGAAUCGGUUCUUCAAAAAUGUGGCUACAAGUUCACCCCGGACUCUCCAGUGGAGAGGACGUAUAAGGUCAAGGUCAGUCGUGAACAAUAUGGCUACAUGCUGCGACGGAGGUACAUGUCGGCGUUGGGCGCGAUCAGUGACGAGGACAUUGAGAAGGAGGUUGCUGCUUUGCCCGACCCAGUGGAGUUUCCAUACAAAUGGACGAUUGUAGUGGCGGAAUGAUUUCUGCCACUUUCUCAGGAUGUUGUCACUCUUAAGAACAAAACUGCUAGACUUUCAUCAGUGACAGUAUAGUGUCUCACGCGGCCAGAUCAUAUUUUGAGCUUGAAAUUUAAGGACGAGUUCUGUUAAAUACGGUCGUCACUCCUGUAAUUCGGAUACCCAUCUGAAAAUUUACACAACCACUCCACCAACUGUAUUUGCACACGCUCUGGUCAUUCCCUGCCAGUGUCUAAUAAUUUUCAGGGCGUGGGUGCCAUAACGGGGUUUACAGUAUAUUGAUGUUUCAGAUGGUGAAAUUUGUUACAUCGGCGGCGUAACUUGCUGUCGGAUAAUUUGCCUUGGAAGCAGCAGCAAGUUACGAGAGCAGAAGCAGGAAAUCGGGAAUUUUCUACCUAAAUUGUAUCUCCGUCAACUUGUGUUGUGAUUAAAUAAGGAAAGGAACAUGCGUUGUUCAUUUGUGUGUUAUUGUCCGAUCACAGGGCGUAAAUGGUGACAAAUCGCCAAAAGCUAAACUCCUAUCCAGUCCAUUUCGUCAUCCUGAUAUACCCUCGAUGUACCGGGCGACAGGACGAGGCCAGUCCACUGCGUACACGUAUAUACAUUUAUUACUCAUUUAUUGUACAAGACCAACGCUUAAAUAAACGGUAUAUA